UGCGCGCCGCGCCGCCGCUGGCCCGUGCCCUACAGGCGCUUUGAUUACCGUCCCAAAACGGAUCCCUACUGCCAAGCUCGUUACACUUUCUGUCCCACUGGCUCUGCCAUCCCCCUUAUGAAAGAAGAGGAUGUCAUUGAAGUGUAUAGACUGCAGGCCCCGGUGUGGGAAUUCAAGUAUGGUGACCUCCUGGGACAUCUGAAAAUUAUGCAUGAUGCUGUGGGCUUCAGGAGCUCUCUGACUGGCAAAAACUACACAAUGGAGUGGUACGAGCUCUUCCAGCUUGGGAAUUGCACUUUUCCCCAUCUCCGCCCUGGCAUGGAUGCACCUUUCUGGUGUAACCAGGGAGCAGCCUGCUUUUAUGAAGGAAUAGAUGAUGCUCACUGGAAGGAAAAUGGGACUUUGGUUCUCGUGACCACAAUAUCAGGAACCAUGUUUAACAAAAUGGCCAAAUGGGUAAAAUACGACAAUGAGACUGGCAUUUACUAUGAGACGUGGACAGUCCAGGCAAGUCCUGAGAAGCAGGCAGUCGUAUGGUUUGACUCUUAYGAGUGCUCCAAAUUUAUCCUGAGAACAUACCAGAAGCUGGCGGACUUGGGAGCGGUGUUUAAGAAGAUUCAGACAAACUACACCAGCAUCAUUUUAUUCAGCGGGGAACCCAUCUAUUUGGGAAAUGAAACAUCUAUUUUUGGACCCCUAGGAAACAAGACACUGGCUGCAGCUAUAAGAGACUUUUACUAUCCGUUCAAACCCCAUCGGACAGUUGGAGAGUUCUUUGUGGAUCUUUUAAAAAUAAUUGAUCGUGUUGUCUUGAAUCAUCAGUUCUACCUCUUUUACAACUUGGAAUAUUGGUUUUUACCUAUGAAAUCCCCUUAUCUCAAGAUAAUUUAUGAAGAAGUCCCUUUACCUAAUAGAAACAAAACAUCCCCUGGCUUGUAAGAACCAACGUUAGCCAGGACAUGUGCCAUGUUUUUGGGUAAUUGCUGUUCUGUGCAGUGUAUGAUUCCCUGCUAGCCUGGAAGUCGCUUUGAGAAGGCUUCGCUGGAGCAGGUGGAGGAAUGUGGCUUUCCCUGACAGCUGCCAAACGUCCCUGAAAGCUUUGGAGCAGCUCUGGCUUCUCUUGCUUCCAUGGAACCACGCUCCCUGGACACUGCAGUGGCUACAGCUGCUGACGAAGCUGCCGCUUGCGGGGACACGAUGGGACACACGGAGCCGAAGGCCCUUCUGGUGCAAUGAGCUCAGCUCUUCGUGCACAAGAGCUGAGACAUGAGUGCCUUGAUGGGCUCCCGUCCCUCAACAUGUGCCUUAGCUCUGGCUUCCUUCGCUUUGUUCGGUGGAAGUGGGACCUGGGAACUCUUCUCUGAUCCAUUACAUGGCCGCCUARCAGCGUGGGGAGGGUGAAUUUGUUUGAG